AUGAGCUCCUCUCUCGAGGCGAAGAUCGUUGUGCUGGGCUCGCAAGGAGUCGGCAAGACCUCCCUCGUCCAGCGCUAUGUGAAGAACGCCUUCAGCCCCGCAACCAUCACCUCGACGGUGGGCGCCUCGUUCAUCACCAAACGCGUGCUCGACACCACGUCCGACACGGUCGUGCGCCUACAGAUCUGGGACACCGCUGGUCAGGAGCGCUUCCGCAGUAUCUCGCGCCUGUACUACCGCGGCGCCAACGCCUGCCUGCUCUGCUACGACAUCACCGACGAGCAGAGCUUCCACGAGAUGACCGGCUGGCUGCUCGAGCUCAAGAAUAAUCUGCACGGCGACGACCCCAUCGUCAUCCACGUUGUCGGCACAAAGUCCGAUAUCGUCGCGCUGGACCCCUCCCGCCGCCGCGUCCCCUUUGAGCGCACCAUCGCGUAUGUCGCCGAGCAGCUGUAUCCGAGCCGUGCGUCGACGCCGCCGCCUACGGCAACGAUGGGGUCUGCGUCGGGGUCUGGGAUAGGAUGCGGGUUCCCGGGCAGUGCGCUGCAGAGCCCCGAUAGCAAGCGCAGCAGUGGCUUCUGGGGCCAGGAUAUCGGGUGGGACUGCUGCCAUGAGAUCUCCGCCAAGGAUGGCGAGGGGAUUGAAGAGGUGUUCCGUGUCAUUACGCGGAAGCUAGUCGAGCAGCGGAAUAAGCGCGAGGCUGGGAAUAUCACCUCGCAGGGCACGACGCCCGGAAUCGAUGGUGUUGUGUCAUCGUUGAACAGUCUGGAUGGAAGUGGGAGUUUCCGGCUGGGACACGGCGACAAGCGCAGGAGUUGGCUUGGGUUUCCGCCGAGUAGUAUUGGGGAUGAUGGGGAGGAGUUGAUGGAGGUUGCGAAGAAGAAGGGGAGGUGUUGUUGA